AUGGGCUCCAGUACACAUAGACAUGAAUCAUUGUUCGAUAAUAAACUGGAUUUGGAAUUUGGGACCUGGGGAAUCGGCAAAAAUCUCUCCAGUAAAGUCCGACAACAGGAAGACCCACAAGGUGGCUUUACAUACGAACGACAUGAAGCCUAUGAAGCUACAAGAAUUGAUCAGCCUUCAAACACGCCUGAUAUUAUAAAGAUUAAAAAACAUGACGGUGUUUACCGCGAGAUUUACAACCUAUCGCAAUUAGAAGACUGCAGGAGCACGCCCAAACUUCUCGGUCACGCUGUCGAGAAACAAAUCUCUAGCGAUGAACUGCCAGGCGGGUACAUUGCAUAUAUUGUGAUGCAAAAGGUCCCGGGAGAGAACCUGCAUGGCUUCGACACACUCUCACCAGGCGAGCAGAACCGUAUUCGAAUUGCAUUCAUUGAAGGGAACUGCAUUCCCGUCAUUUCACUUAAUGGGAUCCACGAAGAGAGAAUAUCAUAUGGGAGCCCCAAAGCGGGAAAUGCUUUAUCGUGGAUCUUGAAGAUGUCGAGCAACGUACGAAUCGAACCAAGGAUGAUGUAUGUCUGGACGCAUUGGAACAACUAG